AUGAAUGACUUUACCCGCUCUGUUGACAUGGACACCCCAGGAACACCUGCAUUCUUGAAUGGUGAUAUGAAGCCCAGAUGGGCCUUGUCUCAGCGCCUUCCGCCUCCUAAGGAUAUUCCAAAUACUACCGCAGACGAUAUUGAUAUUGAAGAGGACGGCUUCAUCGGUAUCGAGGAGAUUGAAGUCGAUGAAGCUCGCCAACAACUGGGUCCAGAGGAAGCAAAACUACUCUGGAUGCCUCUCCCCUUGGAUCUUCCUAUAUUUGAAAAGGAUAUUAUCACCCAGAUGGCCGCAUACGAAGGCAAUGUCGAUCGAUAUGUUCGUCUAAUGCAUCCCCGAAGGCUUAGAACAGAUUACGAGUUUUACUCUAUUCUUCGCGGGAUUUACCACAACACAAUGUUCGCAAGAUGGUGGGCCGAUCAACUUGAGACACAUCCCGAAAGGGUCAUUCGCCCAGGCUCUACCCCAGCCGACGAUAAUAAGCGUGAUUGUGACCUGAUAAGGACUGCCAUCAACGCUCGCCGGAUUAUGACCAACGAUAUCUCUGGUCUAACGGAUGACCCUAACUGCCGCCCUUGGUUAAUCUGGUGGCCUUUAUUGCCUCAUCAUAAUACCCUUAGUGCACUGGCUGAAAAGUGUCCAUCUAUGAGGCCACAGAUUGCUAUCGCCUGUAUCCUAUCUAACGAUCAGGUGCUUUACGAACGGCUUAAUCUCAGGCCACGCGAAAGUUUGCUGCAGGUGGCACGUCGGAGUGAAAAUCCAUUCUAUCUUGAGGACUUGAACAAGCGUGCAGCGGAACAGGGGUUGGAGUUUGAAUAUCUGGGGCCAAAGGAAGAGAUAGGCAGGAGCUUGGAGCUUAAUUUGGAGCCGUCUAUUGACGUUGUGUUCGAUAGAAUUCAACGCGGCGAUAUGGAUGAUGACUAUGAGGAAGCAGGUGUAUAUGGGAGCAUACAACCACGAUCAGGCACGGUAGAGAGAUAUGUGUGGCUGUCAAAUGAGACACUGCGUCUGAUCAAAGAGGAGUGUGAUGGCUAUUAUCAGGGAUCUGAUACCGAUCCUCUUUAUGUUCAGCCAGACGAGGAGACUAGCUCCUCGAAAUAA